ACAAGAUUUUCUGUUAUCAGUUUGGAACAAAAAUACGUACUCCUGCAACCAGUUUACAGUUACUUGCCGAGCAGCGUUCUCGCAGUAGUGUCAGUGUCUGAAAUAACUAAACAUGUGGGCUAGAACCAUAAUACAAACUAACAAUAUGAGAAUUGGCGUUUCCAGAACUGCCAGCACAUUAGUACAAGGUGAACCGAACGGCCCAAAUGUACAAACCCAAAUUCCUGGACCAAAAUCCAAAAAACUACAAGAAGAUCUCAGUGCCAUUCAGCAAGCUGGAGGUGUACAAUUUUUCGCAGAUUACGACAAAUCCAUCGGCAACUACAUCUUCGAUGUCGAUGGUAACAUCAUCCUCGACUCCUACACCCAAAUCUCAUCGGUACCACUUGGUUACAACCAUCCAGAGAUGCUCAAAGUUUUCCAGGACCAAACCAACCUGAAAGCUUUGGUGAAUCGGCCUGCAUUAGGAAACUUUCCGUCGGAAACCUGGGUGCAAAAACUCCGCGACGUUCUUCUGUCAGUAUCACCUGGUCUGCCGAACGUAAACACGAUGAUGUGCGGUUCGUGUUCCAACGAAAAUGCCUACAAAGCUUUAUUCAUGAGUUACCGCGCCAGAGAACGCGGUGGCGCCGACUUUUCACCGGAAGAACUCGAAACGUGUAUGAUCAAUAAGCCACCAGGCUGCCCAGAUCUCAGUCUCCUUUCGUUCCAUGGAGGUUUCCACGGAAGGACCAUGGGAACUUUAGCUACCACACACUCGAAAGCCAUUCAUAAAAUCGAUGUCCCUUCGCUGGAUUGGCCCAUUGCACAUUUUCCCCAAUACAAGUAUCCAUUGGAGGAAAAUGUUAGGGAGAACAAGGCACAGGAUGAGAAGUGCUUGGCUGAGGUGGAGGACUUGAUUGUGCAGUGGCAAAAGAAGGGCAAACCUGUUGCUGGUAUUGUUGUUGAACCAAUUCAGUCAGAAGGAGGUGAUAAUGAAGCUUCACCUGAGUUUUUCCAAAAACUACAGAAAAUUGCAAAGAAAUACAACGCUGGCUUUUUAAUUGACGAAGUGCAAACUGGUGCGGGGGCUACAGGAAAGAUGUGGUGUCAUGAAUACUUCAAUUUGGAAUCUCCGCCAGAUAUCGUGACCUUUAGUAAGAAAAUGUUGACUGGUGGUUACUUUCACAGUAUCGAACAAAGGGCAAAACAGCCGUACAGAAUUUUCAACACCUGGAUGGGAGAGCCGAGUAAAAUCUUAUUGCUAGAGGCUUUUAUUAAAGUUUUAAAACAACAGAAUCUUUUGGACAAUGUGAAUAAAACUGGCCAAGUAUUAAAGACCGGUCUUCUUCAACUGGAAAAAGAGUUUCCUAAUCUCAUUCACUCGGUUCGCGGUAGAGGCACAUUCUUGGCCUUCCAUGCUCAAAAUGCUAAAUUGAGAGAUGACAUUGUUGCCAGAUUGAAGAAUAAAGGAGUACUCCUUGGUGGAUGUGGAAAUGAUUCAGUACGUUUAAGGCCUGCUCUUAUUUUCCAACCAACGCACGCUGUCAUUUUGUUAGAUAGACUGAGGGCUGUUUUAAAAGAAACAAAAUAAAUCUCCCUACUUUUUAUAAUGUAUAUCUAUGAAUUUUAUGUUUUAUGGUUAUGUGAAAUAUUUUGCUUGGCAAAAUGUAAUGGCUUUAUGUUAUAAUAAUAUAUUAUUAUAUUGUGUUCUCCAGAAUUACACGAAUUUACAUUUGUACUGUAAUUAAGGAUUAUUCAAUAAAACGCAAAAUUAAAA